AUGAUGCCCGAUAGCUCAUCCUCGUCCUCAUCUUCUUCCUCCAGCAAUGCGUCGGCGUCGCCGGCGUCGCCCGAGGGCAGUGAAUCAGCCGCGCGAUUGAGCGACGCCUCCGUUGUCGCCGCCUCACGCGAGAGUCGCCAGCCUCUUAGUCGGCGCGGCCACUUCAAGUCGCGCAUGGGAUGCUUCAACUGCAAGAGACGCCGCGUCAAGUGCAACGAGUUGCGGCCGCAGUGCUCGCCGUGCCGUCGUCUCGCCCUCGACUGCUCCUAUCCUCCGACGCCCACGCCCGCCGCGAGUCCAAUACGCUCCAACCCAUCUAUGCUUUCCUUGGAAGACCUCCGCUUUUACCACCAAUUCAUAACGACCGCGAUUCCUCCCCUCCCGCUGAAAGCUGAGAAUGGGUGGAUGCAAUGUGCCGCCAUGUCUCACGAGUAUGAUUUUCUCGCUCACGCUGUUCUUGGUCUCGGCGCUUCUCACAUAACACGCCACACCAAUGCAGACUUUAACUCGCAAGCGCUGCAGCACCGACUCGUGGCAAUUAAGCAAGUAAACGAACAGCUCAGCAACCCGCCCUCAAGUCAGCAGUCCUUGGAUGCUAUCCUCGCCGCUCUCUUUUGCCUCAUUACACAGGCUUCUCUCAUCGACGACGGCCUUGCCGACUACAUGACGAUUAUUCGUGGCGGCCAUCUCAUCGUCAUCAUCAUCAUUGGCGACAUGUCCAAGUCGGUUUUUCCCGGCUUUACCAUUGAGGGGCACAACAGCAUGGCUGCCACGUUGACAAGAGAAGACCAGCGCGACGAUAUGACGGACAUGAAUGAUUUUGAAAUGUCGCUCCGAAUAUUGGAGCCCUUGGUACAGGCUUCGUACGAGCAUAAAUAUUACGGCUUGAUGUCGCAAAUACCUCUGGCCAUGCAGCGUUCGUCUUUGCAAGCAUGGGUGGUGUUUUCGAAUCUCUUUCAAUUCCCGGCUACAUUCAGCAACGAAGAAUUCAUCGAGCUUGUCAACCCAGAAAACUAUGGCUCCAGGCUGCUGCUGAUACACAUGUUCCUCGUCGACUAUGUCAUUGCCGCAAUAUGUCUCUCGCCGGACACGCCCAUCAGGGCUCCUGCGCGGAAACAUGGUAUGAUUCUCGCUUAG